CGCCAUUACAUCACCUCUGUUUGGGAAUUUAUAUUUGUUUAACAUGUUCUGACAUAUAAACAAUCUUUGGAGCAAGGUUAUAUGCGUACCCGGCGCAUGCUCAAAGGCAAGCAAAAAAACAGUUUCCUACCUGGAAACUGUUAUUGGUUUUUUGCGUUCAAUUUAAGGGGAUUGUUGUUUCGUAUAUCAAAUAUCAGCGCUGUUUACGUAACCUUCAGUGGAAUAGAGCAGCGAUAUAUUUCUCGGGGGACAGAACUUUUAUCUUCUGCUCAAAUGCCACAAUUAAUUCAUUUGACUUUUAUGGAAGUAGAAUUAUUACAUUUUAAACAAAAACACUAGAUACAGGGUCUCCGCGGGUCCUUAAAAAUGUCUUAAAUUAGUUUAUCUAAAUAAAAGGCCUUGAGAAGUGAAAUUGUCUUAUUUCGUGGUUUUAAAAAUGUUGUUAUUCUGUUAGCAUUGUGAAGAGGUGAUGCAAAAAAUGAUGUGUCGUUUGUGAAUGCAUUUUAGCUCUGGUCGAGCCCAGAGGCAAUCCACGAUUUCUACCGGAAUGAGGAUGUCAGCAAGACAAUUUUGACGGUUGGCUGCGUUUCUCCCAACACCGUGUCGUGUGGUGCAUAGACAUAAUGUCUAUGGACAUAAAUAUGUCUAUGGUGUGGUGGAUAGCUAGCUAAUUUGAUUGGCUGUUAAACCUCCCACAGGUACCAUGGGAAAGUGCAAAUUCAGAGUUGGUUGGACAACAGGCAUUUUGCUUUGUGGUUGGAAUCUGUUGAAGGGAAAUAAAACGAAUCGCGCUGUAUUUUUUGCAAGACGUCUUGCAAACUUGGAACUUUGGGAAUUAAAUAUGUGGAAUCCCCUAUCAAGUGUGAGAAACACAAAAACGCUUACAACAAACGCCCGGCAUUUCUCAGUUCUUGUUGGCUGUACCACAGACGAUAGUCCCGUUACAGCCAGUAACUUUAUUGUUAGCGGUAGGCUUACUGCUCUAACAACGGUGGUGACUUCGUUCCUGUUGGUGUCCAUAUGUAUUAUUAACGUGUGUUGUUGUUCUGAAAUUGGUCUUAAGUUGAUUUCGAAGUGGCAUUAACAAAGGCCUAAAUUGAACUUGCUGAAACCAGCAGGAUACCAUGUGGAUGGAGACAAAGCGAGCGAGACAGACACGGAGACAGUUUUUCCUCCACUUAUUCUUUGAAUUUCAGCUUUCCUAGUUUCCACAUGCUUUGUCCAUUUAAAUACAUGUUUUUCUUGCUAAUAAAGCCCUUACAUGUAAUUUAAAGAACGGUUUGUUUGAUGAACAGCACCCUCUGGUGGCCACAGAGGAGGUAAAUCUAAAGUCUUCAGAACUUCAAGGCCACAGACAAACAUUGACGAAGCCAUCCUGUGGUGGUGGACAGGAAGGAGAGUGGUCCUAGUCAGUGAUUUGCCAAGAUCCUGGGCCCCAUUUCCUGUUUUCCACAAACAUUUUCCAUUCCCAUCCAAUCGUUGACAAGGGUAGCCAACACACUGAUUCAUGAUGGUUGGGGGGGUUCUCAUCACCACAUGGUGAUGAGAAACCUUUACAAGAUUAAGAAAACAACAUUUCUGCAAUUCUACGUAUUUUGUAUGAUUCUGCAGAUGACAAACUAGCAUCCUAUUCAAUGUGUCCAUUAAGCUUCCUCGUGCUAGAGGAACAGGAGAUAGGCUCCUAACUUUGUGUGUUGUUCUGGCCCACACAAGCCUGGGCUUGGGGAAGAUUGAUUACUAAUUACUGACUUAUCUACUGUUCUGUUUUGUGUCCUGUGAAAUACUCCAACAGCAACUAGUACAGUCUAAGUACACCCUCCCAAAGCACCAAUCCACCAACAAAAAGUAGAGCAGAAAUAUGCACCUGGUAUCUUGUGUGUUGUUUGUGUUACUGUUCAUCGUCGAGCCUAUUUGCAUUUGUAUCAGUGUAUCUAUCAGUCCCAGUGUAUAUUCACUUUCCAGAAACAGAGUUCAUUCUGUAGGUUAGGCAAAGUAGAGAAACACAGUCCUCCCUCAUGGAACUCAGAACCAAAAAGAACAAGCAACAAGAGAUGGUAACUAUGAAAGCAUUAACAACCCUGUAUACCCUCUCUUGCCUUCUUAUGAUCACUAGUGUCUGCUCUGUUUCUUCAGUCGGUCAGAACAACACAGAACACAACAGAAAUGAAAGUGGAGUCGGGUCCACCUGUGAUUUUUGUUGUAACGGAACAGUACAGAACACAAGUUGCACUAACCUCAAUGUCACUGUUCCAAAUGAUUGCCUAAAAGAUUUUAAGGCAGUCCUGAAUGUCACUUAUUCUAACCUCAAGGAGGGUGGUUCCCUCGUGAUCCAGUGUGUCCACAACCUGCCGGGCCAACUCAACAACAUGCUGGCGUUUGUCUGGUUUAUGAAUGGGCACUCCAUAUCGGGACAAAACAAGAGCGUCCUCUCUUUGGAACGCUUAGGUUUAGACACCGGUCACCAGCUGGAAUUAUUCUGCAUGAUCCGGAGUCCUUGUGGAAACCUCACCUCCGAUGCAGAGAACUUUAAAGUUCAAGACAAUUCCUUGUUGAUCAUUGUGGUCUGUGGGGUGGCUGCGGUGGUGCUGGUCCUGGCCAUGGGUUUGUGCAUGAAGUUGAUGCUGAAGAGGGAAUUCGGCCAGAUGAAGAACAGGAGGCAGAAUGCUCAGCACCUACAAGGCACCACCCCCACUUAAAACUAGGAUGGUAUCUGUCAGCCUCUGUCACAUCAUUUGUAAACGUCCGCUUAGCAAACAAAUAAGCAAAUGCAGUGUAGAUUUAGACCCACAAAUGUCACAGUGGCUGUUCAAUUGGCCACACAUAUGACUAGUGCUCUUGCUUUUGUUAGUGUUACAUGGAUGCAAAUGUCUAUCUCCUCAAGCACUUUUGUGGAUCUCUCAGAGAUUUUGUUAACAGUCAGUGGAUGGUAAUUUGGAGAUAAAACCUAUUGAUAGACCACAUUGAUAAUAUGAAUUAUAAAUGUUUACUAUUGGACAAUGGUUUUUUUAAUGUAAUACAUGUGUAUGUAACUACAGUUACUGUAGCAAGUUUUUUUCACUUUUCAUUUCUCCUCUUAUCAAUUUGCGAUAUUUAAUUGUACUUACAACACUGUGUCAGCACAGCAACUAGCAAUGGGGUCAGGAGAGUGAUAAAAAAAAUCAUGAUGUUUUUAUUUUGAGCCUGCAGUAAUUACUUUUUCCCUCCAAAGCUGUCUCUAAUAUACAGUGUUUGUUCAUCACUGUAGAUAUUUAAUUUAAUAAUUUAGUAAAGACUUGAGUAAUUUUGGAUGUGUGUGUGUGUUUAUGAUAUCCUUUUUUACUACAGUGCCUCUCAACUCUUCAACCCCAUUGGACAUUGCACAUUUUAUUGUGUUACAACUUGAAAUGUAUACAGAUUUAAAGAGUUUUAAGAGUUUCUUUCCACUGAUCAUUUAACAAAUCCAUAAUGUCAAGUGAAAAAUGUUAUCUACAGAUAGUUGUAUAACAAAUAGUGUAAAACAAAAAAUAAUUGAUUGCAUAAGUAUUCACCCCAUUUGCUAUUACACUCUUGAAUGAGGUGUUGUAAAACCAAUUGUUUUUAGUAGUUCCAAAAGUUGUUGAAUAAAGAUUGGUCACAGGUUAAAUACACCUGUCUCCGG